ACAUGACUGUUUUGUACAUAACAAGUACCCUAACUUCAUAUUGUAUUCUUUCUGAACGGCAGUGCUGUGCAUGCGUCUACGAUAUUCUUAUGGAUAUUCACACUUAAUAUACCAGAAAAGGUGUUCUUCUGUUUCAGGAAAAGUUAUUGAAAUUGGAAUGGUCAAACAAAGUUUUAACCUGGUAUUUAGUUCAAACAAGAUAUUUGUAAAUCCUUAAUCGUAGGAAACAGGACAGUGGAUCACGGUUCCAAUUAAAUCAUUUGAAAGUACCUCAAAGACAACUACGUCUAGACAACAAAUUUGGCCAAAAAACAAACACAAAAAUUGGCGAAUACUUAAUUACACGUAUCACCCGAAACUCAUUUUUCAAAGUCAAAUUAUGAGUACUCAGAUGCAAUCUAAUAAAGCAAAAUUUCUUUGCACGACUUGUGGAAAAACUCUCGGUAGCAAAUAUGCUUUAUCACUGCAUAUGGAUAGACAUUCUGGAUUCAAACGACAUAGCUGUCAGAAUUGUGGAAAGAAAUUUCGACACCGUACUGCGUUAGUUGAACAUUUGAAACUCCAUACUGGUAUUAAACCAUUCCAUUGCGAUGUGUGUGGUCGUAAUUUUAUAAGAAAGACAAUAUUGGAAACACACAUGAAAACACACAACGGAAAUCACACUUACCAAUGUAAAUUUUGUUUAUCGAAAUUUUCAAAUUCUGAUUGCUUUAGGAAACACAUAGUAAAGCAUACAAUUAAAAAUUCAAAUAAUGUUGAAACAAGCGUAAAUGUCUGUGACGCUGAUUUAUACCAAACUAUAUCAAGUGAAGAAUUCCUCAAUCACAAAGAUGUUGAACUCAACAACUUCGUAAAUUCUUCAGAGAUUAAUGAUUCCAAUUAUGUCCCUCUUUUUAUAAAUCUUAUGUAUAGUGAGGAAACAAAUUGUUCCUCCAAUAAGAAUUCCAUUUGUACAGAAAAAAAAUCGAAAUCUGGUGUAAAAACCGAUGUACAAGACAAACAAGUAAAAUGUAUCUUAUGCGGAAAAAUAUUCAGAAGUUUAAAACUAUUUUAUUUACACAGUAAAAUCCACACAGGUUCUACGAUCAACUGCAGCAUAUGCAAUAAAGAUUUUGCAUCAAAACAAUGCUUAAUCACUCAUAUGAGAAUUCACUCAGGUGAUCGGCCGUUCGAAUGUCACGUGUGUGGUAAAAGUUUCAGUGCCAAAAGAACACGUGAUGAUCACAUGAUAACCCAUACGAGUGAAAAGCCUUACGAAUGUUCAAUUUGCAAUAUGACUUUUCGCUUCAGGAGUUCAUUGAAUAAACAUAAAAGAAGGCAUGCAAAGAAAAUCAAUGUAGAUUUGAAUAUUAUUUGUGAAAUUUGCGGUCAAGAAUUUUAUAAACAAGACAUUGCAAGUUCCCAUAUGAAAGAACAUGCGGCAAACGGAAUAUACGUACAUAUUUGUGAGAUUUGUGGAAAAGUUUUCAAGAGUAGAAAAAUGUUCGGUUUGCAUAUACAGAAAAAACAUGAAGUUUAUGAUUUUCCUAAUAAACCAAAACAUCAGUACAUAGAUACAGACAGAAAUCAUGAAUGUGAUACAUGUGGGAAAGGUUUUAAGAAGUCAGGGCAUUUGAAAGUUCAUACACGCCUACAUACUGCAAGUAAACCUUUCAUAUGCGAUGUGUGUUCAAAGGCGUUUACUUCAAAAUGUGAUUUAACCAGACAUAUUCGAAUCCACACAGGAGAGACACCAUACAAGUGUCAUAUCUGUGAAAUGGAAUUUAGUCUAAGACGACAAUAUAAUUGUCACAUGAAGAAAAAACAUUGAAGACUAUUAUUCGUUUAUAAACAAUUAGGUUAAAGUUUAUAUAAUGUCUUUAUAUUUUUUAAAAGAAGACUGUGAAAAAAAUUGAACUUUUGAUGUGAUCACAAUGUAAUAUAGGUUCUAGGUGAGACGAAAGGGGAGGGAGGUGUAUCUCGAGCUUUAGCAUUGUUUUAGAAAAUAAAAAUAAAUCAUUUCUAUCAAAUCUUUUCUGUAGUCAGCAUUAUUCAUAGUAACAAGGAGUUGAAGCAAUAACAUUCUAUUUGCACAGAUUUUAUUUUCUAUCUGUCCAUGGCCAUUGAUUUUAUUAAAACGAUAUACUAGAAGAUAUGCUUCAUAUCUUCUCGUAUUUAUAGUACCGUAAAUUGUGAACUAACACGCCCAAUGAACUAAAAAGUAAAAUCUAGCAAAUUCAACUCAAAUUAGUUUUGGACUCUAGCAUGUUUUUACCAUUCAGUUGUUAUAAGCACGUACAACGCCUUUCGUUUGUACAAAAAGUCUAAAACAUAAUAUCAA